AUGGCAUUCUUAUUCAAGAGAGAUCCAAAGACUCCAAAGACUCCUCAAGACUUAGUUCGAGCAUUAACCGAUCUGGUCCAGAAGCUAGAUAUCAAUAAUGACAAUAAUAAGAAAUAUCAAGAUGAUUGUGCUAGAUAUUUAAAUCAAAUGAAAAUCAUCUUACAUGGAGAUGAUGAAAAUGAUCCCCAACCAGAUCAAAUUACAUUAUUAGCACAAGAAGUUCAUUCCGGAGAUUGCUUAUAUCAUUUGAUUUAUAAUUUACGAAAAUUGGAUUUUGAUUCUCGAAAAGAUGUUGUUAUAUUGUUUCUGACUCUUUUACGACGACAAAUUGGGACAACUAGCAAUAAGUCCUCUCCAACUGCUGAAUAUUUGGUUAAUAAUAAACCUAACAUUAUAUUGAUGUUAAUGAAAGGUCCUGAACUGCAUGAGAUUGGGUUAAUAUGUGGUCAAAUAUUACGAGAUUGUAUUAAAUAUGAAAAUAUAAAUCGAUUUAUACUUUAUCAUCCAACCUUUUGGAAUUUCUUUAAAUAUGUUCAAAUACCAAUCUUUGAAAUUGCUACUGAUUCAUUUACAACUUUACAUGACUUAUUAACUAGUCAUAAGAAAUUAGUGGCGGAAUUCUUGGCAACAAAUUAUGAUACUUUUAUUAUUGCUUUUAAUAAAUUAAUUCAAUCAAAUAAUUAUGUUACAAAGAGACAAAGUGUUAAAUUAUUAAAUGAUUUAUUAAAGAAACAAAAUCAAACAUUUUUAAAUAAAUAUUUCGAUGAUAUUAAUAAUUUGAAAUUAAUUAUGUUGAUUUUAAGUGACAAACUGAAGAAUUUACAACGAGAAGGGUUCCAUGUAUUUAAAUUCUUUGUUGUUAAUCCAAGAAGAUCACAAAAAGUACUUGACAUAUUGGUGAAAAAUAAAGAAAAUUUCAUAGAAUUCUUUAAUACUUUUGAUAUUCAAGGAUUUCAUGAUCCUACAUUAGCAAAUGAAAGAGAUUAUGUUUUGGAACAAAUAAAGAAUCUACCUGAUAUAGAAAGAAUUCAUUAG